GCCGUCGCCGCCGCGAGCGCAGUCCUACGUUCGUUUCAAACACAUUUUGACAUAUCAAUCAGUCACACCGUGAUCUGAGAUUAAAAAGAGGAGACAGUGCACACAGAUUACAAUGUAUCGUUCGGUAUCGAAUUAAGAAAUCAUGCUAAUGAUUGCUCCGAGCCAAUAAAUAUUAAUGCCAGAGUCAAAACUCGUGUCGCCGUGUCUGACAUUCAUAUAUCGCUGUGGACGUUUAGUUUAAUGAAUUUAAAUCGUGUAUCGCCUGCAUAAUUUGUUGGGACAACAUUGUGUGUUUGCGAGUCGUCGUUGAAAACGACUUCGUCACGGCUGAUUAACAUUUCUUUACGCCGCGGGUGGUGUUUUGACAGGUGCUACAGAAUGGCUUUCGAGGACCGAUGCAGCCCAAACCAGGCCAACAGUCCCGGGCCCGUCACGGGGAGAGUGCCGGUUCCACAUGGUGAUAUUCAGGUAAACUAUUGCCCUCCAAGUCAGUACACUUGCACAACAAUUGAGCCAAGGUACGAAAGAAACUCGCCAAAUAUGACGAUAGUUAAAGUGCAACCGAAUUCACCACCUCCAAGCCCCGAACAAAACCAAAGUGAAAUGGAGAAUUACCAUAAUUAUUACAGACCAGACACACCCGAUGUAAAGCCUCAAAUUCAGGACGAACAGAGAUUUGAACCAGAUAAGGUUAGAAACCAACGAGCGCAGCCGUCGGCACCUAUAGGCUUUUCAAUUACUAACAUAUUACACCCAGAAUUUGGUUCCAACGCACUUAGAAAAACGAACAAAAUCGAAGGACCAAAACCCGUCGGGCCUAACCACAGCAUACUGUACAAACCUUACGACUUAUCCAAGAAUCAGAACGAUUACCAGAAAUACAGUUUUGAUUAUUUAAAAUCGAAGGAAACGAACGAUUUUAAUCGAUUGCCGCCGCUCGGAGGGUUGCGGCAAACUGUUUCUCAGAUUGGGGAACAAAUUCAAAAAGAGAAGGAAUUACCAAAGAUAGUAGAAGCUCAGAAGAGGCCUGAUUCGGCCAGUUCGAUUGUGUCUUCGACUUCCAGCGGGGCGCCAUCGACUUGCGGGAGCACAGACACAAAUAGUCAAGCUCAAGGAAAUUCUGCAUUAUGGCCUGCUUGGGUUUACUGCACUAGAUACAGCGACAGACCUAGUUCCGGUCCUAGAAGUAGAAGGACAAAGAAGAAAUCCACCUCAGAAGAGAAGAGACCGAGAACAGCAUUCAGCGCAGCGCAACUCGCUAGACUAAAGCACGAGUUCACCGAGAACCGUUACCUGACGGAGCGCAGGCGACAGGCGCUGGCUGCGGAGCUUGGUCUCGCGGAGGCCCAGAUCAAGAUCUGGUUCCAGAACAAACGCGCCAAGAUCAAGAAGGCAUCGGGACAACGGAACCCGUUGGCUAUGCAACUGAUGGCGCAAGGCCUGUACAACCACAGUACAGCAACAGAAAGCGACGAGGAGGAAGAAAUCAAUGUAACAUAGAAUGCAAGGAGAAACUUGUUUUAUUACUGUGUAUUCUUAAAGUUCAGAUUUUCAAAGUGCUAUUAAAUUGAUAAAUCUGGUAACUAUUAAUAUAAAUGGCAGAAAAUUUAUAAAGUUGAGGGAACUCUUUGUCCACACAUACUCGCUUAACUUGUCAACGACUAUUAGCAAGUUCUAAUACAUAUUUAAAAAAAAAUAAUAAUUAUCUCUUGUUGAAAACUCUAAUUAAUCGAUGUGACUUCGUAAUGAAUAUAUUUUUAUAUUCCAAUUUCAUUUUUGAAAUAACACGAUACAUUUAGUGACAGGUGUUCGACGCUGCAAACAUUAAUAAGUCAAUGGAUAUUCAUGAUAUUUUUUCACCAUUGGUCUUGCUAUACAUACAUUGUCGUGAAUUGAUCAAUUGACUAAAACGGGCACACGACAUCACAAUCAGGGGGAAUAUUGCAACCUUAGUGAAGAGUGUAAAAGCGGAUCAUCUGGCAUCUGUCCUAAUUUUACUACACAGGCGAUACAGGGCUCUUCUCACCACUGAGCCAAUUUUUGCUCUAAUUUUGAUGUCGUAUGAAGACUGUUUUAGGUGUUAAUCAUUAUAAUGCUUUAAAUGUCAUUUACACACUGAGGAGUCAAUGUUUUCUAUUUGGGAAUGAUGGGAAAUCGUUAUCAAUUACGGGUUCGUAUAUAAUUUUGAUGGGAUAAAUAACCUUGUUGUGUUGAAAAUAUGGUAUGAUUUUGGUUGACUUGUUUUUAUUGGGUAUUUUGGGAAAACUUAUUGCCUAAGGCUCCGUGCACACACGUAAUAUUAAUUGUCAAAUCCUAUUAAAGUGAUUUAAAAUGUAUCAAAAUAUUUGUAUGUUCAUUUAAUUUAAAAAUAAUGAAAUGUAAAAGUGUAAAACAAGUAUUUUAUACCGCAGUUGAGUAUAUAGAUAAUUAGAUACUCUUUGAGCAUUCAAAGCACAUUGUCAAAUUACUGAACACAACAUCAUAAUAAAAGCACAUAUAUGCUAAAAUGUAAUGUUCCUUUUGUAUAUAAAUAGUUUUAAUGUAUUUAUUUAUUAAACUAAAUCGAUUCUGGUUACUAGAUAUUUUAUAAAACGGUUUUCAGAGAUAAGAAAUGUUAAGGUUAAGGUAAUUCUAAAGUUUAGUAGGUUAUUUAUUUGACUACUUAAAGUACCUUAUAUUUAUUGGAAUUUAUCAACAUUAAGAACGUCAUGGCUUAGUUAUUUUCUACUAAAAUAUCUCACUACACUCAAGAGUAAUAGAG